UUGGGUUGGUUUUCUGUGAGUGAAAAUCGGCCGCCUUCACGACCUGGUCGACUGCAGAGGACAAGACAGGGAAGCAGCCCUCAGCCGGGAUUCCUUUUAAACGUAAAACACUAAUACAAAUAUGGACGGGGAAAUUCUCCUAAAUUAGUGCUAAAUUAGUGCAAAAUUCUGACCCAAUUCCAGCAACCUGCGAGGACUUUUUGCAUUUUGUGUAUCUGUACCUCACCAGAAUCGAGCUACAAUGUAAACGCGCGGUGUUCAGCCCUCAUUCACUGUUACUCAUUAGCCGUUAAUAAGGUUCGACGCAGGGCCCCUAAUUCGUGCUACCCUGAGCAAAAUGCCGGCAGGAAUGAAGCCUCUGGAGAAGUUCCUGAAGAAACAGACCACCGCGCUCACCCGGGCUGGAGGUUUCGGAGCAGAGAAGGCUUCAGCGGGCACGAGCGCGGCACGCAGGCGUGCCAGUCUGUCUCGCGUUGUGCCGUUCUUUCGCGAGAGCUCUCCGGAGGGCGGCCCGGCACGCGGGGACGUGUUCAGCCCCGAUAGCGAGGAAGCACCGAGCUGGCCGUCCGCCGCUGCGACCGACAUCAGGAGUCCGUCUCUGUCCAGCGACGAGCAGAGCUCAGAAGCCAGCCUGGAUACGGGCUGGACCCCGAUGCCCGCAGACACCCCGGAGAACCUGGCGCUCGCGCUGCUGGAUAGCGUGGCCGGCAAGAGAUUCGGAAACUGCACAGAAAUACUCCUGGACGACUUCAUGUUGACACACCCUAUCUUCCUGGCAUCCGACAAGUUUCAGCAGGUCCUGCUCCAACAGUUCGGAGCUGAGCCCAAACAGGGCGAGGGCUGGCCUUGCUGGGACGGAGCGGAGAGGAAGCAGGCUGUGCUAAGCGUGGCCUUCCGCUACCUGGACACGUACAGAGAACUGCUACAGGAGGAAGGUGACAGAUCCAACAGCUUCCCCAAGGAUCUGUACCUGUGCGCUGUACAAGAGCUGAGCCACUUUCCUGAGCUGGUGGAGGACGUUCUAAAGCUCCAGCGCUGGACCGAGAUCCUUCACAACCCUGCAGAGGAAGAGAAGGAGAGUCGGAGGAAACAGGUGCGUCCACUGUUUCGCCACUUCAGGCGCAUCGACGCCUGCUUGCAGCCGCGAGAGGCCUUCCGUGGCUCAGACGAGAUCUUCUGCAGGGUGUACACACCGGACCACUCGUACGUGACCAUCCGCAGCCGUCUGUCGUGCCGCGUCGGAGAGAUUUUGGCUCUGGUGCGGGAGAAGCUCCAGUACAGUGAGGAGCAACCGACUCAACCUGGCAACCUCGUACUAGUUGCAGUCACCUCAUCGGGAGAGAAAGCAGUUUUCCGUCCCAGCGACGAGGCCGUCUUCACCACGCUGGGUGUCAACACGCACCUGUUUGCAUGUGAACCCUCUGAACUCGAGAGCCUGAUGCCCCUUCCAGAGGAGAUCCACUGGACACCGGGCGACAGCAAACUCCACGAUAUGAGCGCAGAGGAGGUGUCCAACCAGCUGGUAGUGUUUGACUGGGAGCUCUUCAGCUGUGUACAUGAGGUGGAGUUUGUGUGUUACGUGUUCCACGGAGAGGAGGCUCGUUGGCGCCCGCUCAACCUGGAACUGGUACUGCAGCGAUGCAGUGAAGUGCAGCACUGGGUCGCUACAGAGAUCCUACAGUGCCAGUCACUGCCAAAGAGGGUGCAGCUGCUGCGCAAGUUUAUCAAGAUUGCAUCUCUAUGUAAGCAGCAGCAGGACCUGCUGUCGUUCCUUGCCAUAGUUUUGGGGCUGGACAACCCUGCGGUUAGCCGUCUGCGUCUUACCUGGGAGGGUUUGCCUGGAAAGUUCCGGAAGCAAUUUCAGCAGUUUGAGAGCCUUGCUGACCCCUCCAGGAACCACAAGUCAUACAGGGACCUGUUAGCCAGUCUGAAGGCGCCACUUAUCCCGUUCACUCCACUACUGCUUAAAGAUCUUACUUUCCUUCAUGAGAGUUGUAAGACCUUCCAUGGGGAGCUGGUUAAUUUUGAGAAGAUGCAUAAAGUGGCAGAAAUGGUGCGGAGCAUCAGGCGGUACAGGAGUACUCAGCUAGUGAUGGAAGCCGAGCCAUCCCCCUCUCACCUCCAGACCAAGGCGUACGUCCGACAGCUGCAGGUCAUCGACAAUCAGAACCUGCUCUUCGAGAUGUCCUGCAAGCUGGAGCCCAAAGACAUGUAACGGGGGGCCAGUCGUCUGUCAGCCACACCUUCCUCACCCUAUUUUCCUUUCUAUAUACGUAAAUCCUGCCCACUUCUGCACUUUUUUGACCGUCCUGCGAGCUCCAUUACAGCUGGACUGCUGGAUUGGAGCAAUUUCUCACUCUGCCUCUCAGGUCUGGACACGAUCAGGCAGAGCUCGUGUUUGUCUACAGCAUUUCAUUUGUUUUGUCUGAUCAGGCUUUUCUUGCAUUCAUGGGUCACCUGACCUACUUAUUCCUUUCCGUCAUUUUUAGUCCAGUCUGCACUGCCAUGAGGGAGAACUGAAUUGAUUUGUGAUCGGAUCACACUAAUUCGCAUUCUUGUAUUCCGGGAUGUUUGUGGACAGUGUUCAUCAGUGUCACAUCACCUCCUUUUACCUCACACUUAAGACUUAAGAAUACAUGAGACAAUCUGACCUCAUGGACGGAACCCUGUUCCCUCUAAGUUCCUCCUUUCCUCGUACACAGCCAACUCCGGCGCUCGGCUCUUCUCGUACCACCAUGUAAGAACGGCUUGUUCAUGCAGCCUUGUCAAGUAGUCCCUAAUCCAUCGUUAUGUAAUGAGCAUUUUCUGGUCCUCUGACAGGUUAAUCCCACCCUUAACCACCCUGGACUCUUUUUUUGGGGGGGGAUAUC